AUGGAAGCCCACCUUUUAAGAUGCCUGCACACCCCCGCCGGGCGCCUCGGGGUAACCCUCGCUGCCAAGAGACGCCGGCGGCCCCGCGGGAGGGCCGGAGCCGGCGGGAGGUGUGGGGCAGCCCCCUCCUCCGCCCCGGGCGGCCGGAGGGGCUGGAGGAGCGAAGGAGUUAAAGGGAGGCGCUUGGGAAAUCUGAUGCUAACGAAGCCUCAGGAAUGUUGCACAUUUCCAUUCCCCUCCAGCUUUCGGAGGAGGUCAGUCCCCGCUGCGGGCAGCCGUUCCGAGGAGCCCAGCCCGAGGCCGCACUUGCUCCGGGCGCUGCCCCGCACCUUCCCGCAGGCGCGGCCGGAGAUGCCGGGGAGACGGCUGUGGUGGGCGCGCUGCUGGCUCGGCGUCUGCCUCUCGCUGCUGGGCGCGGGGGGCGGCCCGGCCGAGCCCUGCCGCGGCCCCCCCUGCGGCGGCGGGGGUGGCGGCGGCGGGGAGGCGCCCCCGGCGCCCUGCCGCGGGGCCCGCUGCGGCGGCAGGGCCGGCCGCCCGCCGCGCUCCUUCCUCCACACCGCCACGCCGCUGCGGCCGCCGCAGGGCAAGGCGCCGCCCGCCGCCCCUCACGCCGCCCCGCCGCCCGCCGCCCGGGGGGCCGCGCCGGAGUCCUGCCCCGGCGGAGCCUGCGCCGCCAACGGCACCCGCCGCGACUGCCAGGGCCUGGAGUGCCGGCUGCCGCCUCGCCUGCGCCCGCGGCCCCGCAGCCCCGGCUGCGCCGCCCCCGCCGAGGGCUGCCCCGAGCCCGCCCCGCUGCGCGCCGCCGAGAGAGCCGCCCACUUCGCGGGGGACGACUUCGCCUACGCCGGCCCCGAGCUGGGCGGCGGCGCCCUGGGGGUGCAGCUCACCUGCGACGUGAAGCCAGGAGAAAAUGAAGUUCCAUCUGAAGAUGCCCUAAUACUACAGCUGCACCUUGCAAAAGGGCAUGAGAAAUUUACUGAAAUGCUAAAAAGCCAACAGCAGAUCAUUGUCGACUUGCAGCAAAAACUUGCUGAACAGCAGCACGUAUUGGUUAGCCAGCAACAGGAGAUUCUUGAACAGCAAAGAAAAAUGUAUGAGCAAAUGGAUCUGAUCAAAGUCCAGUAUGGCAUGCUUUUUGAUACAGUAAAACAAAUGUCAUUUCAGAGUUUGCAAGAAGAUAUUCAAAAUUAUUUUGAAAGUCAUCUUCAAGGACUUCAGAACCAGGUCAGAAAUCAUCUCCAGAAGUCAUACUCUGUACAUAAAGUAGAAGUGGAUGCAAAAGUGAUUAGUGUUGGGGAGUCUUUGCUGGACUGUGGCCUUUGUGAAAGUGAUGAAUUUUGCAAUUUCCAAAAGACACCUUCACAAUGUGAAAAAUGCACGUUGUGUCCUGCUGGCUUUUUCCAAAUGGCUGAGUGUUCUGCAAACUCUGAUCGGAUUUGCCAGGACAGAGAUGAAUGCACUGAAUCUCCAAGCAUUUGUGGUGAGAGGGUAAAAUGCCUGAAUACUCCGGGUGGUUUCCGAUGCCUUGGAAUUGCUGAGAAAGAUGCAGCUUUGGGAAUGUGUGGAGAAGAGUAUUUCUUUAAUAAGGAAAUGCAGGAAUGCCAAGCAUGUUUAAGAUGUGAAGAUGGAAUGGUGGCCGUGCCUUGUUCUACUGUCAGUGAUACAAUUUGUUCGGCAAACAGUGAAAACAAGCUCUCAGAGUCUUGGGUUGCAAACAUCGUUCUACCCUCUGUAAAGUCUGGCAUCUCUCAGGUCUACUCUGGCUUGAACUUGAAGAUAAAGGGAAAGGUUCCCUGUGAAAUCCUAUCCGUUGAAGAUAGCAGCCUGGUAUUCAGGCAGCAUGGUCUGUUGUGGACUGACCUAAAUUUUGCAGUAAAGCACAACUGCAGGAAUUUUUUACAACUUUCCUUAAAGCUAAAUGGCAGUGAGGAAGGCUAUGAACUAAGUGGUGUUCGCAUUGAACAGCCAGAAGGAAGGUACUUCCAGAGCACUAGUUUAAGCAGUGCUGCUGAAGUGGAGCCCAGCCAAACUCUUUCUGUGUAUUUGAGGAGCCCAAAUCAAUUCUGCAAUCAAAGUAAAGACUUAAAUAUUUAUGAUCUUAAUACCCCACUAAGUUUGUUUUGGUUGUCCCACGACACGGGUGCUGUGGCACUCAGCGCACAGAUGUCAACAGCAAUGCAUUACCAAACCAACUAUCGACCUACCUUUAAAAUAAUUUCUGUUUCUGACCCUUACAUGCUAAGUUUAUCUCAUGAUGGAAGAGCUAUAAAGUUCACUGAAACUGGUGUUGUCAAAUUUGUGUUCCACCAAGCACUGUAUUCCAUGGGUCAUAUGUGUAUCCGGGAGGGCUUCUCCUUAAUUUCUUACAUCAAUAGGAAUGGUACCAACAGAGAAUUAAUGAAUGUAUUUAAAUCUGGGGUAAAUUACAGAGACACAUCAAUAUCUGCUUCUGGGGCCACAAAAGUUGGUGCUGGAGAUCUGAUUAGCUUUGAGAUACUUUCUCCUGCACAGUGUAAUGUUCGAUAUUUUGGAGAUAGUUCUGGAAUUAGUAUGUUUAGCCUCAUGUGGAUCCCUUCAGCAGUUUCUAGUGCCAUAUCAGCCACAGUUUCUGUUACAGGUCUGCCAACUGGUGCUGUGAGAAACAAAUUGCUGGAUUUCACCCAGGUCUCAUCCAAUGAGAAAGAGAUACAACUGGUUUCUUCUGGACAGCUUGCUCAGAAGUAUUUCAUUUUUACUGAAAAGGGAGUUGCCAGCCUUGCAUUUAACUUAAAGCUAAUCCACUCAUGCAAUGUGCUCAAAAUGACUCUCAAUCAGUUGACCAUGGAUCACAUGCAACCCACAGCAAUUGCUCAGCAGAUUGGAGGUCAGAUGCCAGAGGGAAGCAUAUGGACCAGUGUGUCCCUCCGUGCAUCUUUUGAAGUGCGUAACGGAACACUGAUAUCAGUUUCUCUUGACUGUGUGCGUGGAAGGAUCAAUCAGAUCACUCAUGAACAUGGAACCAGUAUAUCUAUUUUAUGGAUUUCAUCUUAAUUUCUGUGCAGUGAAGUUAGCACAGAGUUGAGAUUGCAAUUGCAUUUGGAUUCUACUCUGAUUCUAUGCAUAUUUGACACCUUAUACUGUGUUGAUGUGAGCAGAUUGUUCCACUAAAAUGCUCUCCAUUUUAGGAAUAUUUAAAUAUAAUCUUAAUUGAAUGAUAGUAUUUAAAGAAGAGAGAGCUUUCAGUGUUCCAGAAUUUUACUUCUGUUAACAUCUUCAGGCAGGGGAACCUUUAAUUCAGAUCAAACUCUCUUGUUUUUAAUAAAGCAGUCUCUUAAAAUUGUUUAUUUCUGGACCACAAAAAAUUGCAGGUGAGGGUAAAUACAUACCUAGUAUGUAGUGCUUCAGCUGAAAGCAGUACAGCCAAAUAUUGGAAACCUGCUUUCAGUUUCUUUGCUGCAACAGGCUAAUAACAAAAACCCACUUUGAGGCUGUUUGGUCUCCAUCUUACAAAAUGUUGUGUUUUCUAUAAAUGGAGAGAACAUGCCUGAAACUAGAGAUGAUAAUAUGCUAACACUGAAGUAUACAUGCUUAAUAUGGUAGAAAUGGAUGCGGGUCAAAAAAUAGAACAUUGUUUUUACAACAAAAACAUUGGAACUAAUGACUGUUCUAAUUUCAUUUGGAAAUAAUCUACAUUUAAUUAAUUUGGGAAGGCUUUUUCCUGUUUUUAGUUUUGCCAGUGAAAAGUUGCAGGAUGAGAAGGAAGGAAAUCUAUUCUAGAAAGUAAGAGUAAUAGGAGAAAAGAAAUUAGUAUUAAAAGAAUGUCUUGAAAAUUAGACUUUUGGAAAUUAAACAAAUUUCUAUUCUGUUUCUUAUAAAUGACAAAAUAUUUUUCUGACCAAAAAGGAAAACAAUUUACAAACAUAUUUAUUUUGCUGACGGAUACUUAAUUUAAAAACAUUUGGGUUUGUGGGUUUUUUUGAUAAAUCACUGUUAAUUCAAAGAAAUGGUGUGUUCAGUGACACUGAUUUUUGUUUUCUCCCAACUCUUCCAUCAAACUAUUCUUUCUUUUUCUAAUCUACAUAGAGUUUUCUCUCUCUUUUUCUCCUUUCUCUUCCACAAAUGGUGCUUCACUCUCCUUUCUCAUUCUUUUGUUAGGAGUAAAUGCCGUGCUCUGUCACGUAGCUCGGCUCUUUCUAGCCUUCUUUUACCACUCCGACUAAAGAACAGAUCCAUGUAUGUCACAUACGUAAUUAUAGAAGAGGGACAUUAAUAAUGCACUUGCAGGCUGCCUUACAUCAACCUUACUGAAAGAAGGAAUAUUACGCACAAUAUAACUUUAAUGUAGGUGCCUGUCUGAGUAUGUAUAUCUAAAAUAUGUGUACUUUCCUCUGUUCUUCACCUCUUUUGGGGUUUGUCACACUGUUUUUCCUGUAUAGUCUCCUAGAAUUUUCUGUAAAAGAAUGAACCCAAGUGCAAGACUUCUACCUGGUCAUUCUGUUUUUACUUGUAACUUUAUAACUGUGUCCGUAACACCGAAGGUUGUCUUUCUGUCACCUUUUUUUCUUCAAGUGUAUAUUCAAAGAUGAAGGCUUUGGACAAAUUGUUCUCCUGCUCCAAAUAGAGAAGAGUUUUUCUUGCUUUCAGCUGCAAAGUCUAAGCAGUCCAUCUCAAGAUACCUCACUGGGCAUUGUGUUGAAGCCAGCGUAAGUCUGCAAACCACAGUAAGUUCAGUCCUGGUGUCCCCAAAGUCUCUGACAGAAGUCUCUGAGCCCGUGUGUAGCCAGGCUCUCAUUUGAUUUCGCAAGGUCAUAAGGAAGGAUGAAUUAAAGCUAAUAUUAAAGGUGUUCAACAUUUGCAAAAUACUGUUAUCAUUACAGGGAUAUUUUGUAGUGGUAGAGAGAGACUUCUGGAAGGAGAGCUUGUGUAUCUGUUAUAUACACAAGAGCUGCAUUAACUAGGAGCAGAGCAGUUUUUCUGGAUGCUUCACUGUGGAAGUUUACUCAGACCGAACAAAGAUGAAAUGCCAUGGGAGUUAAAGUUUUCUGAUAUAUCCCUCUGCUUUGUGUAGAAGGAUGCAUGUGCUGUGAGAGGACCUUUGCAGAUAGCAGGCCUGGCUAUUUCUAAGGUAAGACUUCAGGGGAAGACAAUGUUAGAGAAGGCUCAAAAUGAUACACUUACGUUUUUGUUUUAGAGAAAGUGAAGAAAGUGACUUUCUCACAGACAUAACCCAUUAUUUUCCUAUGUUGUUCUGUGCUGUGCAGUUGUGUUAAAGGCUGCCACUCCCCAGUAUAAUGACAAUUUAAGUCAUUCUAGAUUUAAACCUGUGUAGCAGAUACCAGAAUCCGAUGUUAGAUAUAACCUGGUGCAACUUCAGUGAAGUGCAGAUGUUACUUGAACAUAAAAAGCAUUUGCCUUUAUAUAGCAUAUAGAAAUCUAAUGACAUGAUUUAUAUGAGUAUACUUUAUUUGAGUGAGAUUGUGAUAUCAGUAGAAUUUCUUGGAUAUGGAAGAGACUGAUGCUCAAGUCCUGUAUUAUGCGCAUAUUGGUGGUACUUGCAUUUAAACACACCGGUAUUAAAUGAUACAAAAACUACUAGGGAGGUACAAGUGAAUAGUAUUUCAGCUAAGAGAGGUUUCAGGGUAUGAAUUCUUCAAUGUAGUAAAUUUUCUCAGAGGAUCCUGGGCAGCAUGCCCAUAAUUGCCCUUAAAUUCAGAGUAGAUUUUUAGAUGCACAGUGGCAGAAAUGCAGUUUUUUGCAUCCAUCUGGUGUUGAUAAUGCAUCUAAUACUGUUUUGCUAAUGUCAUCUGUGAUAAGGUACUCACAUGAUGGGGGAAAAAAAAGUCUUAUUAACUGUGUAGUAUUAAUUGCAACUUACAGCAAGCUUGGCCUUAUUUCAAGCAAGAAAAGGCUGGUCAUCUGAGCCUCUUUUGCAUCUCUCCCUUUUGGAAAAAAAAAAAAAAAAAAAAAAAGCCUGAAUCCAUAGUUCAGGCCACUCACUGACCUUGCUUAUAGUAUAAUGAAUUUGGAGUGUGUUGGAGUCAGUGUGGAUUUAUGAUAGCCUAAUUAACAGCAUAGUAUAUAGCCUUUGCAUCUAUGAAAAUGAUAUAUAUUGCCUCAUACCACGCAAUGUUAAGUGGUGCAGCUAUGAUCCUAAGUAAGAUAAGGUUCAAGAGGAAUCAGGCAGUGUACAAUGAAUGCUAAUUUUAUGGCACUUAUCCCAUUUGCUGUAAUAAAUUGCAUGUUUUAUUGACAGGUAUAUCUUAUUAAUUAUAUUUACAACUUUUGAACUUUUUUGUUCAUUUUUCAUAUGGUUUCUUUCUAUUAGUAGCACAAUAUAAUACUGUGAAGUACGGAAUUCAUUUAAAAACUUUUCUUUUGCAUCUUUUCAUACCAUGUUCGUAAAUAUGGUUAAAAUAGCUGGAGACAGUCUCUCCAAUCCUUUCUGCCAGAGAGUGUUUCCAAUGGAGGUAUUCGUAAAGUAAUAGCAUAAGUCUGAGCCUGGCAGAAUCUAGCUGUAUAGAAAGGGUUUAAGUUAAUACAUCCAGGAAGGCAGGUGGUUAUUUCACUUAUAUUAUGCAGAUAAUGAGCAACAGGUUGUUAUAGAAGACUUGAUCAUUACAGAAGGAAAAUAAUUUACUGCUGCUCAUACGGGAGGAAAAAGGAUUUGGCCUACAAAAACCUGCGUUGUUUUGUAUUGUGAAACAUUUUGCAAGUUCAAAGGUUUUACCUGAAUAUAUUGCCUAUACAAUUUUUUUUGUGCUUUCUAUGAAGUCAAAACUGGGCAAUAUAUGUUAAGUCUAUUUUAAUAUUGUGGAUGCUUCCUCUGUUCUGUGGUCUCUGCAGAUGGCAGUACACUGUGAAAACUACACUAGUUUCAAGUGGUGCUUUUUUAUGAAAUUUCCUACUUUUGAAAUAUUACCUUGUUUUAAAAAUACUGUUUAGACACUUGCCUUUGUUAAUAUUAUGUUGUAAUAUGUUUUAAGAGAACUUUACUGAAAUAAAACAAUAAGGCUUCA